GAGGAGAAGCCGCUGCACGCCCUGCUCCACGGCACCGCCGUCUGCCUCAGCGAGAAGAGCUACCGCGAGCAAGCCAAGGCCGAACGAGAGUCCCGAGAACAUGAGGAGCCAACCACGUCGGAGAUGACAGAGGAGACCUACCCGCCCAAGGCCUACCGGCCCAAGCAUGGGCGCCUCUCUGAGCUCAAGGCUGAGGCCCUGAAGAAGGACCGUCGGAAGAAGCUGACCCUGGCCAAGUUUGUGGGCAUGGCGGAGAACACAGCACACCCCCGCGUUGUCAUCCCUGAGCUCCGGCAGGAGUUUGAGCUGGGCCCCUGCCGCAGGCACAUGGAGGCAUCCCUGCAGGAGCUCAAGAGCAGCCAGCGGAUGGUCCCUCGCGCUGUCCACCUCCCCAACUGUGACCGAAAAGGCUUCUACAAGAGGAAGCAGUGCAAGCCCUCCCGAGGCCGGAAGCGUGGGUUGUGUUGGUGCGUGGACAAAUACGGCAUGAAGCUGCCAGGGACUGACUACCUGAGCGGAGACCUGCAGUGCCACGCAUUUGACAGCAGCAACGUGGAGUGAAGUCGCAUCCCCUCCCUCCGCCCCAUCACUACCUACCCAGGCUCCCUUCCACCCUCCCCUCUGCACCUCCCUGUGCCCCGGGACUCCGAUUCCUUUCAUCUCAUGUAAGAAGAAAAAAAGAAAGGAAAAGAAAAAAGAGAAAGGAAGGAGAAGAAAAAGAAGAAAGG